AUGGCCGACGACGCGGAGACCGAGCAAGCCACGCUGGCAGCGGAAGACGGGGGUAAGCCCCCGGAGCUCUCGAAGAGCGCGAGGAAGAAGCAGGAGCGGCAGGCGGAACGUAAGGCUGCCCGGAAGGCGGCGGAGGCUGAAUGGGAGAUCUGCAAACCCAGCUCACCUGUGGUUGACAGGUUGCAGUGGAGAAAUGGCGACCCAUCUUCAGAGAAUUCCUGGACGUGUCGAAAAUAUAACAUCAUUGGUGGCCUGGUGGAUCGAAAUAGAUGGAAGGGCUUAACGCUGAAAAAGUCAGCUGAGCAGGGAAUUCAAUCUGCAAAACUUCCUAUUGGAAAUUACCUAAAAAUGUCAAGUUCUCAGGUUCUUACAGUUAACCAAGUGUUUGAGAUAAUGUUAAAGUUUGUGGAAACAAGAGACUGGAAGACGGCAUUCUUCCAUGUGAUUCCACAAAGGAAGCGAGGAGAAGCUGAAACUGGAGAUGAUGGGGACAAAGGAAGCUUGGAUGACAAUGAUGGUGCCGCCAAAGGGGAUGCAGAUGGAGACCAUUCUGAGGAAGACCUGAACAAGGAAUUCGAUGAGGUGGACGAUGAUGGGGAUGAAGAGCUAGAAGAGGAAGAAACGUAUGUCUCCAACAAGAGGCAGUGUGUUAGACUUGAAAACGGCGAAGCUGGGGAUCACUCCUCUGGCACCGUAGCAGAGGCGACAUCAGACGGGGACGCCAGGCUCCAGGCUGAGCAGGCCAAGGAAUCAAACAACGUUGGCGGGGACUGGUAA